AUGUUUUCUAAUUCGCAACACAAAUCUUUCAUUUCAAUUUUUCAUUUCUUAAAAUUACUUCGUGAAAGUAAUUAUAAGAAUGAUUUGGAUUUAAAUUUAGAUAUUAAUCAAAAUGUUCAAAAUAAGCUUCUUAAUGCUUUAAAAGAGAUAUUUUCUUCUUGGUCCGAAUACGUGGCAAGGUGGUGCGCUGAAUUAGAUCAAAUGAUUAUUUCUUCUUCUAUAUCUUCUACGCCUUUGAUACCUUCGACUUCUCUUUCUGUAAAAGAUCUUCAAAAUUUAUGGAAAUUUUUAUCAGAUGGCAUUCAAACUUUGUGUGAUAUCAUUGGUGGUCAGAUCAAAACUUGUUCAACCCCUUUUCAUCCGACCACGGCUCAAGUCGUUCAACAGUGUCAAUUCCUACAACUUAUCAAGAUACUCGGAAUAAUUAUCGAUUGGUUGUUGGAUUUCGGUAUUAAAAAUGCUACAAAAUUUUCCGUUGUUUCAAGAAUUCAUGACAAUCUUAAUGUUUUAAACAAUUCUGAUGAUAAAAAUACCGUGAAUGAAAUCAAUAAUGAUGAUAUUUACAAGUUAAUAAGACGUGUCGUUUCACAAUUUGUAUGUGAAGAGUUGAUCGGUGAAGAAAUUCUAUUACAACACCAUCAUAAUGUCGAUAGUGACAUUAAAAAUAUGUGUACUGUUUGGUGGAUUCGUUAUUUUUAUGAAAAUCCUUGGAAUGAUGGAAAUAAUCGUAUUCGAUGGAAUGGAGAGUGUUUACAUUCUUUAACACAUCUAUUAGAAGUUGUGUCUAUAAUGUUAGAAAUUCUCGGAUCAAAAAUUCCACGUCUGAAUCAAGAAAUUUCUCGAAAUGCUUUGAAUGAAAAGAUUUUCAAAAAUUUAUCUAUACUUUGCGAUUUACUUGUAAAACUGGAUCGAUUCAUUAUUAGAGCUCUAGAUGAAGUUAUAAUACCCGUGGUUAUGGUUCAUCUCGACCUCCAAACAACUAAUAGACCCACUAAAUAUGUCGUAAUCAAUGAUCCUAUUAUUUUGGAAUCUUUAAUCAUGUUGACUAAGUUGUUUAAUAUACCUUCGGCUUUACACGUAAACGCAGUUGAUAAAAAGUCUGAUGAUAAUUGCUGGAAAAAACUUUACGCAAAAAAAUUGGUUGUGAGCGGCUUUAUAGAUAUCGCCUUACAUCAAAAACACCAACAAUCUACUUUUUCUCAGUUCAAUACUUUUACUAACUCAAUCGGAAAUGUGUCUGAUUUAUUUCUCAUUGCUUUGGUACGUAUUUUGGCUGGAUUUCAAGAAGUAACGAGUGAGCGAGCUGUUGUGAACAGACAAGGAAAUUUAAUCCCUGAUUAUGCUGCUUUCAAAAUUUUGCCAUCAAACCUACAAGAUGUUUUAGCAAUGCUUGCGAGCGAUCCAACAAAAGAAACUACUGCUUUAAAACAACAAUUGGAUCGUGUUGCCCUUGCAAUAUUUUUCGUAUGUUUCACUUGCGAUGAUCAAAUGUUAAAAAAGUCCAGCGGAUUGUCUGCGCCAUUAGUUUAUCAAACAUUAACGCGAUUUAUAACAAAAUAUUUUUCAUUGGAUUUUCUUCAUGGAGUUUCAAUGAUUCAUUUUUUAUAUUUAUACAUUAUUUCUGAAUCUGAAUGUAAUAAUUCGUCUGAAUUCAAACCACAUACAAAUUCAAAGAUAAUAUCAAGUCUUCAAUCGACUUUAGUAAUUCAACCUAAUGAUGUUACCGACAAGUCCGAAAUUUCAAUUAUAGAAAAUAUUUUCUUUAAUUAUGAUUCCGUAUUUAUGCCAUGGGUUUGGAAGGUUUGUGAAGGUAGUUGGAGUUUAAAGGAAUUUGUUUCUAAUCUGUUUCAAGAUUUUAAACCUUUAGAUAUUUCUUUUGUAAUUAAUGGAAAUUUCUGUUUCAGUGUGAAUCCAAAAACUCGUAAUCUUUUAAAAAUUGGAAAUCUUUUAUUCCAAAAUUCGUUUGCUGUUCAAAUUUUGUUGUUGAUAUUCUCAAGUUUGAGAACAUACAAUAACAAACAAAAUAAUGAAAAUAAUGAUAUAACAAGAUUAUUUAAUAUUAUUUCCUCAAUUUUUAUUUGUAUUAUAUCAUUUAAUCGUAAUUAUGAGAUUAAUGAAGUUGAUAAUAAUGAAGAUAUUGUUGAGGACAAAAAAUUAUUGUUUCAUAACUUUGCAAAAUUUUGGACAGAGAUUCUAAAAUUAUUUGGUGCUCCUGGAAUUAUUGAAAAUGUUCCUACUGAUUGGUGGCCAACUAUUAAUAUUAUCGUUUUAAUAUUGGGUUAUCAUUUUGAUCCAAUUGAAACUUUAAUUGGUGUGACAAAUUUGUCUGGAGUGAUGCUAGAAAUUCGGCAACAUCCGAUGCUUCUCGAAGCUCUUAGACAAUGGACCUUAUCAUCUAAUCAAAAUAUUGAUUAUGAUGUUAAUAAAUUUAUUGAGAAUACAACUUCAUCCGCAGCAUUAGCAACUAUUAAUAUUGAAGUGAAAUCUUCAAUUGUUGGAUUAUUGAGUCUGACAAUUCCGAGUGUUGAAGAAAGCAAUAACGUGUCUAAUGAUUGCACUAAACAGGAGUUUGUUUUAUUUCCUACGGUAAAUGAAUUUGAUGAUAUAAUGAAUAUGUUUAGGCGCGAACCUUCAUUAUUUGUUGGUCAUAUUUGUUCGAUAAUUUCAACUGGGUUUCGUCCUCUGACUUCAGGAGAAUUUAAGCAAAAAACCAGAUUGAUCUAUAUAAAUAUCUGGAAUAUUUUUAGAGAUUUUAUUGUAUCAGAGGGAAUGAUCGAAAUGUCAAAUGUUGACUCUAUUCUGCUUGAAAUGUUGCUACGAAUGUUGCAUAAUUUACAUAAGAUUUCUUUACUUUCAGAAUCUCAAAGAACCCUACUUCAUUCUUUAUUCGACCGAAUGGAUCAAGAACAAUUCCCAACAGAUAAAAACUACUACAGUUAUAACGCAUUUGAACAAAAUUUUCUUAUGGCAAGGCCACACAAAAAUUAUCAGUUUACCGUGGUUUCCUUAUCCGGCCACCAUACUAAUUACAAUAAUAUGCUUAACAAUUGCAAAGAACUAAUAAAAGAAUUUGCUAAUAGUUAUACCGGUUCUAAUAGUGAUUAA